AUGGCCGACGGAACGAAGUUAACUGGCACUUUCAAGGACUGUGGCCAUGGCCAUCCGCCUCAAAUCGACUACGCGUGCCAAGGCCCAAGCUGCACUGCCCUGGAUCAGUUCCCCUUAGGACUCUCGUCCGAUACGCAAACUAGUGUUGAGUACAAGAGUGCAGCAAGAUGCGAGGCGUUCAAUUCCAUGUAUUUCGGUCCUAUGCUGUUCACGCAACCCGAUCUGAGCUCCGAUCACCGCGUUUCCCAGGAGCAGAACAUCACGUUACCUAACUGCAAGGGCCUCCAUAUCUACAGCGAUGGAACGAGCAUUGGUACGCAUGUGGAUGGCGUCACGAGGACCGGACCUGAACCUGAGUGUCUCCCUCAACCGCCUGAAACUUCGCAAGGCUCCGGUCCAGCGCAAAGCUCCGCUGCUCUCCAGGCUCCAUCAUCAAGCAUGCCUGUUGGGGGAUACAUUAUCAGUGGCCUUGGAGGUGCCCCAACUUCAAUCGCGGGAGGGGAGACCCUAACAGUCGCAGAAACGCCUCCAACGAAUGCUCCAAAUCCGACGGAAUCCCAACCAGCGCAGUUCACUGGAAGCGCCACGCACAGGAAGCUGAAGACUAGUAUUCUCCUCGCUCUAUUCGUUGGGCUUACCUUCUUCAUCCAAGGGAGCGCAGCAUACCUUGUGCCUUCGGACACCCACGGAGUCAGACCAAGAUCCCCGAUCAUGGGGCCCGACACAGAAAGAAGGACCGCCUACAAACACCGCGUUCGAGCUUUGUCCGACAAUAUUCGCACCUUCGCCGGUGAGUUCGGAGGCUACCUGGCUGGCAAGGUCGAGGCAGUGCAAGAAGAUGGUGAAGUGUUCUCCGAUAGUCUAAUCUCCGAGACUCUGUCCACAAUCUGCGAGGGAUUCUUCUCUGGGGCGGUAGUGGAGGCCUUUGCGCCUGGGAUUGUCGAUGCUUGCGUCACAGCGGUAUACACCACCAACGCCGUCGUCGCGCCUGAAGCGGAGUUCUUGGCGGUCUUUGGCGCAAGUAUGUUCUGCAAUUACUUGGUCAGCCAGGCUUUCCCGAUUGCAGAACAAUUCUCCAGCGAGGCUUGUCAAGGCCUUGAGGACCUCAUAAGUCCAGAGGUCCCUACAGCGAGUGUGCUUCCGAGUCUUCCACCUACGGUUUCUCCUUCUGAAAGUGCAACUCCAAGCUUUCCACCUACAAUUUCUCCUUCGGAGAGCGCAACUCCAAGCCUCCCACCUAUCGUUUCUCCUUCGGAGAGUGUAACUCCUAUUUCACCACCGACGGCUUCUCUCUCAGAGAGUGUUACUCCCACUCUCCCUCCGACAGUUUCUCCCUCGACGCAAUGCGGCGGUGCGGAUCUGAUGAGCGAUGACAACAACUUGCGGCGAUUUCGAAGACUGCAUAAAUGGCAAAUGUAUCUACCGAGGUGGUUUCCGCACCGCCACGUCUCAAGAAGUUUCGGAGUCCCUAACGCCGCCACCCGAACUAACUGGUACAAAGCCGGCGCCCUUGACGUCUUCAAGCAUACCGCCACUGCCGGCUACAAGCGAGCCAUCGAGCACCGUACAACCACGUUCGUCCACUAUAGCGUCAAUCACCUCAAUUUCUUCGACCUUGUCCCCCUCGAAGUCUUCCUCUUCCAGCACUACAAUUUCUUCAGAGGCUUCAGAACCCUCAGGCACUUUGCACUCGAGGGCCCUGCGUAA